GAUUUUGUUUGCGCUUUUUCAUGUGUGGAUUCAAGUUAACUUGUGGUUUUAUCAUAGACACAUCCGAGGAGUUUGUCCCCUCAGUCUCUUCCCUGUGCUUGGCAGAUGUCUGACUGGAUCGAGCCUCAUCCAGUUUAGGGGGAACCUUGAAUCUUCCUUUCUUCUCAAUCUCCACCUGGCUCUUUAUGUGAACUACGCCUGCAGUCAGAUCUUUCCAAGAGUAAUUCAAAAUAUUAACAAUUCCCAGGGGAAGACGUCCCUCUUCAGCCCAUUUAUAUCGUGAGAGAAGGUGAGCUAAUUCGUUUAACAGGUGAGGAGAUGCACGCUUGUAGGCCUCCAUCACAUUGUGGUCUCUGAAUUUGAAAGAUGUCUCAGGUUUAUGAUCUUCAAAUGUUUCAGGUGACAGUCGUUGAGGAAGCCCGUGGUCACUUAUAGAGUCCUUAUCCACGUUUUCUGGACUACCGUAAAAAAAUUAGAACAUACUGUAUAUUAGACAGAUAAAAAAACAAAACAAAAGACUUAGCUGAGAGUAGAUGACAAAAAAAACAAAAGCCCGCCUCAGUAGCAGUAAAAGAAACUUCAGUAAUGUGGGUUGGCUUCUCUGUCAAUGAGAAAGUAGAAUGGAUUUCUGAGUAAUGGUUGAAGCACAGUAUGGACUGUGAUUGGUUUAACAUUUCUAUUGAUGAGAAAGUGGGCUAGACUUGACUGUAAGUGCUCUGAAAUUGCACGAUGGAGAUGUGCUGUUUGUAAAAUGAGGGUCUCCCAACACAUUUUAGAAAGCAGUUGGUACUGUCUCUUUGAAGGAUGCAUUGUAUGUUUUCUUUGGCUGUGCUCAUCUGUACAUAGACAUUGAUAGGAUGUCAAGACUAGGAGAUCGCCAAAUUUGUGAUAAACGGUGAUAUGUACCAUUUAGGGCUGGGGGAUAAAAUGAUAACGAUAUAUAUUGAAAAUUAAUUUCUCUCAAUAUCGAUAUGAAACAUGAUCAAUAUGCUUUUCAAUAGUCAGCAUUCUGCCAUGUUUUGGUAGACUAUAAUAGCCAAUAAAAAGUGGAGUUGCUCUGGGUCCACUUUGUGCUGAACCAAUCAUGUGCUGAAUAAAAACCAAGUAGCAAACAAGUGUGUAGCAGCAGACUGCAGCUACACACAACCAUUACAUCUUUAACACGUGAAGCCGACAGCACUGUCGGUGAGAAAAAAAGAAAAUGAAUGCUACCCCCGGCAGAAAUGCAGAUGGAGGCUCAACAGAUGAUAACACUGGCAUGAAAACAUCAGUGGUGUGGAGGUAUAGAAUGGAAGCAGAGUAAUGUGUACUGCAAAUUAUGUCGAGUACAUGUUCUUGCAAAGUCGCAAAUACUUAAAUCUUUUUCCCCACCUGAAGCAGUGCCACGCAGCAGAGCACGUGCAAUGCAAAAGGUUACAAACCCUGAGUGGAGUAAAGAGCCCAUGGCGCCUGUGCAGCCGGAGUAGCCGACCAUUCAGUCUACUUUCUCUAGCGCAAUGCCUUACGACAAAACGUCAGAGACACAAAGACAGAUGCAGUAGCUUAUUGUAUUGCAAAAGACAUGCUACCAAUAAGCACUGUUAAAUUUCAUUUUUCAUAUCGUGACAUAUAUCGAUAUCAACUGAUAAGAAAACAAUAUAUAGUGAUAAACUUUUUCACACAUCGCCCAGCCCUAGUACUAUUCAUCUUACGUUUCACUGUGAGGUACAACUGCAGGGUGUAUAUACACUGAAAUAAAAGUGUAAGUUUGAAAAGUAGACAGACCACUAGAGAAUGAAGGUUCCAGCAUUAAUGGCUGACAGUGUUGUGGGCAUGAGAUACUGAUGCCUCAAAGCAAGAGGGUUGAGGGUUCAAAUCCUUACUGCUGGCUUUCAGCAAUUAACGCAGUGUGAUUUUCAGAAAACCAGGUAAAAAAAAAAAAGAAAAGAAAAAAGAACUAUAAACAUGAAAAACUGUGUAUUCUUCAUAAGUUGCAUGGACUCACUUAUGUCCUUUCAGCUCUUCCGUAGAAAAGUAAUUACCUCUGUGUUCUCUCCUCAAGUUGCGCAGUGUCAUUUGACAUUUCCAAAUAAAGAAUAUCGCGUCGUAUUCCAGUCGUUUUGCUUCGGUUCGUCGGCUGCAGAGCAGAAAUAAAAGUUUUUAAGUCUUCUCAUUUCGUUCUUGCCACUCAGCAUAAUUGAUAUUUGACUUACCUGGUCAAAGAAAUACACAGGAGCUAUCCCAGCAGGAGAGGUCAUUGUUUCCUUCGACUAAAUCCCAGUGCAGCUCUUCUAUAGACAAAUGCAGAUUAACUUUAGUUGGUUUAAAUCCCUCUUUCACUUGUGUAAACACGCCUGUCCACUAAAUGUGCUGGGCUUGCUUGUUGCUAGGUUACACAUUUCUAUACACCGUGUGCGCAAACUCGCGAUAUGGACCGUUACAGAUACGCAUGAAUUGCAAAUGCCAACACACAUGCACCAUAAUGUAAUUCACAAUAACAGCCACUAACGCUAUCUGGUUUGGACACACAGGUGGAGUGACCUAUGACUGAGGGGCUGCAGCCACUCACAGGUGUGCAGCAGGUAACCUGAGACUUACUCAGUGACUGGAUGUUCGGAGAAAGUGAUGAUUCCAGCAGGCAGUGCAGCUAUCAGGCUGUGUCUUAGGACAUGAUGGUAACACAACCAAGCACCGAGAGAUAGCAGUGGUGUUGUGCUGCUCUACUGUUACAGUUUGUCCUCAGAUGGAGAGGAAAAAAAUCUGUUCAGAAAGGAAACUUUUUGCCUCUCAGGACAGAGCAGGAUCGUCUUCCUCUCCUCGGGUCAAGUCGUUACACAGAGAUGCUCUAAUAGCUCAUUAUUGGCUCGGCUUCCUCCAGCACACUUUUCUGCUUUGACCACUGGAGGCUCCCAGCAGCUUAUGCGUCACUUCACCUCUCAGUCGCUGAUCAUGGCGGAGCUACAGCUACAGCACGAAGUGCAGCCUCAACUUCUUAAUGGGGACGACUUCAACGAAGAGAGAGAGGAUGCAGACGCGACAGAGUCAGUGAAGAAGAAGAGAAGAAAGAAGAAGAGGAAUAAGACCACCGCACCAGGUGAGAAGCAUCACUUUCUGCUCUGAGACUCGUUGAAGAAAAAAUAGCGCAAAAUUGUCUCCUCUGCUGCCACUAAGACAGAGCAAGAGCGUCAAAUAUGCGAGACAGGAGAGUUUUCUACCUGUGAGAGGAUAUUUGGGUCCAGCUGUCCCAGCUGCUGCUGCUGCUGCUGCACCUGAGGGUGCGCAUCUGGACACGGGACAAUCUCCUUAAAAAAAACAGAGUUGACUUUCAAACUGAUUGAAAGCUGUCAUAUGAAGAUAGGAGUAUAUUAAAAUGUAGUUUUACACCAGAUUAAAUAUGUUCCAUCAUAUAAAUCCCUCUAAGCUGCAUGAAAUUAUGUAAUGGAAGUAUCCACAGUUUUAGUGCAAUAAGAUGACAGCCACUCAUGCAAAAAAACAUCACGAGUAUUAAAGCCUCAGUGCCUGAAAAUGCUGGAAAAUAAAAGCAGCAAAAAGGCAGAGUUUUUGAACACGUCUUAAGUUUAAGUAAGGUCCACACAGCUGUGUCUUUGAAAGGCUAAAUGUCAUAAUGCUGCAUGCUACAUAUGCCCUUGAGCAUAUUGACUCCUUAGGUAUAGAAAGAAAUUAUGCACACACUCUGCCAAGUUUGGUCCACAGUGGAUGGUGCACUUUCUUGCAAUGACUUCCUCAACCUCAGAUAAUUUACUCACUCUGCCUGUGCAUGUGUGUGUGUCUCUCUGUGUGCAUGCGUGUGCGUGUUCACCUGCACAUGCAUGCACGAGGGUGUGUGACUUUGCAGCAGGGACAAAUGAGGCUGAGGGGGAUGGAGGAGAAGCCGGAGGUGUUAGCGAUGUGACAAAACAGUUGGAGCAGCAAACGCUUGAGGACAAAGAGAAGGAAGAGGAUGGAGAAGAAGGUACAGUAACUUCUCUCUGGCGUUAUCAUCGUCUUAAUCAUCUGUAGAAGGAACUGUGUGAACUUUUAGAAAUCCAAAAACGCACAGCAAUAUUGAGCCGGUCAUAUCUGCAAUAUGAUAUCUGAUUUUUAGUUGCACACUGGGAACUGUGCCCAUGCCUCUAGUUUUGUCAAUAUUUCUCACUUUGCAAACUGUAUUGAAACUAAUGAUGCUUUCAACAGAUGGUGAGGAGGGAGAGAACUCAGGUGGAAAAAAGAAGAAGAAAAAGAAAAAGAAGAAAGGAUGUAAGGCAAUCUUUUCCUUAGCGAAACAAAUCAAAGUCAGGAGUACUCCGCUGACCCUGCAACACAGAGAGAGAGAGAAAGAGAGAGAGAAUAUGAGUAGAGUAGGUAAUUAAGUAGAGACAUCAGUAGCUCAAAAUAUGUGCUAUGUUAUGCAAAAACAUUUGUAAAAGAUAAAAAGCUGAAAAGAAUAACUGCAUGUGUGAUGGCUUUAAUAGUUGCUGCAAGUUGCUGAAGUGAAAGUGAAGAACAGCAAAGAUAGUGCUGCAAACAUAUAUAUUAUAUAUAAUAUUCACUCCUUACACAUAUGAGGCCUGUAAUAAACAAUAAACAAUUCAAGCUAUGCAGAGGGAUGAUGCUAUAAAACGUAAGUGUCCAUUUCCACAGGACUGCAUGACAUAAAACUGUUCAAAGCCAAUGCGGAUUCAGUCCUAGAAAAGACUUCUCUCUGACUGCUCUUUCACAUGGACGGUUACAUUUAUCAUCUCAGAGGCACGUUAGAUUUGGGCGCUGUUUUUGUCUCUGAACCUUACUUAAGAACAUCACAAUCACUUGUUAAUACAACAGGUGCACAAGCACAUUUUGACUCAGUUAAUUAGUGUCAUGUUUGUUUCAUAACCUUGCCGUGACACAGAGAUGUAGGACAAAAUACUUCAGGACCUUUUUUUAUGUUGAGCAAGGAGCAGGAAUUUAAUCACAACACAUUUUAUAUAUUGAAAGGGAGUAAACUGAGCUUACACUGUGCUACCUUCAUGUAAUUUAACUGAAUCUGUGAUGUUAUAAGUGCUUUAUGCUUUAAUUCGAUGGGUCUCUUUUACUCAUGGGUGUCUGAAGUUAAUUGAAUCUGUAAGUCAGUAUUCUCUUGCUAAGUUUAAACAUUAAUGUCAUGGAAAUCUGGUGUAAAACUUGUGUUUUCUUUCCUCUGCUUCGUCUCCUCGCCUUCUAUCUGGGCCACAGUGAAGGGACAGACUGACCCUCCCUCAAUCCCUAUUUGUGAGCUCUAUCCCAGUGGAGACUUUCCAAAGGGAGAGGAGUGUGAAUAUCCACCAUCGAAAGACGGGUAUGUGACCUCCACAUCGUCCCUCACACUCAGCAGUUGUCUUCCUCUGAGUUUCUGGCUCAGGUCUCUCUUUAUAUUGUUGUAAGUUUUUAUGUUUAAGUGUGUACUUAAGAUAAAGCAGUUUUGUCAGAUUUGGCUGCAGUUACAAAGGAUCAACAGCACUUUCACCUGUGCAGAGCUCCUACAAGAGUGUGUCAUAUCCUCACAGCUAACAUUUACAUAAUGAGAAAAUAAUGAGUGCUCCUCUCUGCGGUGUGCUUGUCUACCUCCCACCAGGCGCAGUGCAGCGUGGCGGACCACCAGUGAAGAAAAGCGGGCGCUGGACAUGGCCAAUGAGGAGAUGUGGAGCGAUUUCAGGCAGGCAGCGGAGGCACAUCGGCAGGUCCGCACCUAUGUUAGGAGCUGGAUCCAACCAGGAAUGACGAUGAUUGACAUCUGGUAAGACAUGCAGUGAGACAUUGCCCUUGAGCACCUUUUGAUCGACUUCAAACUUGGCUGCUCACACCCACCUGGGCUCAUUUAAAUUUGAAACUGAUAUGGCUUCAGGGAAGGGGCUGGUUAAAAAUGAUGAAAGAAAACAGGAGAACAGCUUUGCGGUUUCAUCCUCUUCUGGAUGCAGAAUCUGCCCUGAAAAUUGUCCCAUUGUUCCUGUCAUCCUUUGUCCCUUGUGCUGCUCUUUGUUUCUGGCAGUGAGAGGCUGGAGGACUGCUCCAGGAAGCUCAUCAAAGAAAACGGGCUGAAGGCGGGCCUGGCCUUCCCCACCGGCUGCUCCAUCAACCACUGUGCCGCCCACUACACCCCCAACGCAGGAGACCCCACUGUGCUGCGCUACGACGACAUCUGCAAAAUCGACUUUGGGACACACAUCAACGGUGAGUUCUUAUAACUUUUUAAACACUUUUGGAGUUCUGCUGUGCUAUUUGACUCUUGGCAUUUCUAAAGAUGAGGUAAAUUUAUGAUUGCAUUAUAAUUCCUACAGCCUGAAAUAAACGGAUCUCGCAAGUUAAUUAAGACGUCCUCUUUUUUAAGAUUAAUUCUUGCUGAAUUUUCUUCCAAAAUGAUCACCUCACAGGAACUGUGAUAAAAGCACAAAGCCACGGGGAGUAGAGGGCUUUUGUCUACAGAUUAUGUUCCCCUGGAAAUACAAAAGCCUCAGUGGUGAGCGAGUACAGAAAAUGCUAUGCAUAACUCAACUUUUUUGCUCUUUCAGGUCGAAUAAUAGACUGUGCCUUCACUGUCACUUUCAAUCCAAAGUUUGACAGGCUGCUGGAGGCCGUGAGAGACGCAACUAACACUGGGAUUAAGGUAAUUCAGCUUUGACCAUCCAAACAUGAUGCUUUGGACCACUUUCACUGGUUAUGUUGGAUGAGCAAACCAGUUCAGUAGUAAAGUCAGCAUUACGACACAAUAUCAUACAAUAUGAUACGAUACAAUAUCAUACGAUACGAUAUGAUAUCAUACGAUAUGAUACGAUAUCACACAAUACGAUAUCACACUAUAUGAUACAAUAUGAUACGAUACAAUAUCAUACGAUAUCACAGGAUAUCACACGAUGCGAUACGAUAUCGCACUGUACGAUAUGAUACAAUAUCAUACAAUACGAUAUCAUACGAUGUCAUACAAUAUCACACGAUACGAUAUCACACUAUACGAUAUGAUACGAUACGAUACAAUAUCACACGAUACGAUAUCAUACAAUAUGAUGCAAUACGAUACAAUACGAUACGAUUAAUAAAACCAUUUAGAUCCUCCUCCUGUCUGGCUCUGAGGUAAAUGUAACUUGAUGUCACACAAAAACAUUACACCGGCUUUUUAUCAAUGGGACUUUUUUUGAACAUAAAUGGAAGUUUAUAUUUGGAGGUAAAGGUUAAGAUAAUAUUGUAAGAAUAGGAGCAAAUGUAAGAAUAGGACAAGAUUCACAGCAGCAUAUCUAGUUCUUGAACACACCAGUGGCCAUCAAGAGAAACAAAAUUAUAUUGCUGUCAUCUAAACAAACACAAACCCAAAAUGGCACAAAAAUGAAUAAUUUGUUGAUUAGCGGUUUGAUUGAUAAGUUUUAAAACUUUGUUGAUAUUUAGCUCUUAUAAAUAACCAGGAAACCUAAAACACGCAGGAAACUGCGUCCUAUAAACAGGAGUUUGUGCGCUUCACUCUAAAACUUAAACCCACGUGUUCGCAGAAAUGACAGAUGUCCUUACAAUCCAGAUAGUUGAUGUGUGAGAAAUGUGAUGCCGUAUUUUCUGAUGACCACAUAAACACUUCUCUGCUUCAGUUUGCAGGGAUUGAUGUGCGCCUGUGUGAUAUCGGCGAGACCAUCCAGGAGGUUAUGGAGUCGUAUGAGGUGGAGAUAGAUGGGAAAACAUAUCAAGGUGACGCCGGGUCAUUCAUCAUCUUAUCUUUGUGCACUGGCUCAGCACUGCUACGUGUUUGUUAAACCUCUGUGUGCGUGUGGUGCCGCUCUCUUUGCAGUGAAGCCUAUCAGAAAUCUAAACGGCCACUCCAUCGGACAGUACAGGAUACACUCGGGGAAAACAGUCCCUAUUGUAAAAGGUGGAGAGGCCACGAGGAUGGAGGUUUGUGCGGGUUUAUGAAUGCAAUUACAAAUAUUUUUCAAACUAAAUGAGGAAGUAGGUAGAUCCUGGGGUAGAAAACAACACUGCUGCCUCCUUUUACCAGACAGCCUGAAAUUAAACCUUUAUUAGCUGCUCGACCUUGCAUAUAAAUAAACCCUUUUUAAUUCUUGAGUGUAAUUGGAAGAACAUGCGGAUGGUUAGGGUUACGGCAGGGUGUGGAGAAGUGUUCCAACUCAGCGCUCUAACAGCAUCUUAGUCACCCUCGUCAGCACUUUAAUUACACCUUUUAAUGGAAUUACCAGCCGCAUAGAGGAGCAACACGUGUUCAAACUCCUCAGCUCCUAAUUUCACAGAAAAGCACUGAAUCAUGGACAUCCAGAGUUCAUUAACAUGCCACUUUUUUCCCAAGGAGAAACAUGAUUUUGCUCUUUCUUGUAAUCAAGAGUACACAAAGAUCCAUGCACCAGGGCAGCUGCAGUACACAACUGUAUUUGGAUAGAACUGAGCAUUUUAAUUGGCAAGUUGCUGUGUCGAGCUCUUUUACCUGAGUGAGGGAUGGGGUGGUGCUGCUGAGGUGGCAGAUUUGUGUGUUGUAUUUUUAGCUGAAGUGUGUUGGUGUAUCAGGGCCAUUACCCUCUUUGUGAUCAGAGAGCGCACGGCUGGAGUGGCAGCUGGGCGUGCGACGGGUGCAGCUAGCACUUUGACUGAUUAUCGGUGCAGCGAGAGAGGGUGUCGCAGUGUUAUCAGCUAAUACCACAGGGACUCCAACAACAGCCACGGGCUGAUAGAGACACAAGAAGCCAAUGAAACCCAGCCCAUCAACUCGCACAAGGCGCUGCAGUCCCCCUGGAGAGUUUUUGUCCUUUCAGUUACAUUGAAGCCCAUGAAGCUUGCAUAAAUGUGAAAAGACAGCCAAAUUACAUGACUUAAUUAUAUAUGUUAAUCAGAAGCUGACAUGAACAAACUGUCUGUAUUCUCCUCUCUCAGGAAGGUGAAGCUUAUGCUAUUGAGACAUUUGGCAGCACAGGAAGAGGAGCGGUCCACGAUGACAUGGAGUGCUCACAUUACAUGAAAAACUUCAACGUUGGACAUGUUCCAAUAAGGUUUGUCCUGCUGUUUUCACCUCACCUCACCUUCUGAUCCUGAAAACAAGAGUCAAAAAGUAAUUUAGAUCAGCUGACACCCAUGCCUGCACACAGGUGAACAUCUCUCCAGUUAGUCUCACUCUGUUUUCACUGUGCUGCAGACUUCCAAGGGCUAAACAUCUGCUGAAUGUGAUCAAUGAGAACUUUGGCACUCUGGCUUUCUGCCGCCGCUGGCUGGACCGCCUGGGCGAGAGCAAGUACCUGAUGGCAUUAAAGAAUCUGUGUGACCUCGGCAUCAUAGACCCCUACCCUCCUCUCUGCGACAUCAAGGGCAGCUACACAGCCCAAUAUGAGCACACCAUCCUUCUCAGGCCCACCUGCAAGGAGGUUGUGAGCCGGGGGGACGACUACUAAGCAUGCGCCAAAACUGGAGGCAAAAACCAGGAGGAGCGGUACAGCUCCGAAACAACAAACCUCUGCAGACUGAUGGCAACAUAUGCAAUACUUCUCUGAUCUACAUUUCCACUGCUUCUGUACCUUUAGGUGAUUAUUUUAGCAAGAGCAAAAGACCAGUGUCAUGGCAGUAGCUUGAUAGUACUAUUUUUUUCCCACAGGAUCAAGCCAAUAGACAAAAGGACAUAUCUUUAAGUAGCGUAGUGCUGUCAUUUUAGUCGGAUAUUUAUGUGCUGCUUUUAGGAAAUAUGCAAAAGAAAUAUGCAAAAGAAUCAUGCAAAAAAGAUUUUGGGGAAUUCCUCCACUGACAAUAUUAUGCUUUACUGCCUUGUUAAGACCUUGUGAGGGAAAAUGUAACUGCUCUGAAAUAUUUAUAUUUCUAUAUUUCUUUGCUCUAUUUUAAGUUGAAGCAGUUUUAUAAGAAAUAAAUUGUUAUAAAUCUUG